ACACCGUGUUCACAGGUACGGGAUGCCAUAACGCUUCGCAGUCCCGAACGGAAUACCGCACCUCCCAGGAAAUAUAUCAGCGAGUCCUUUCGUGCCUACAAUAGAGACCGUGCGUGCGUUUCCCAUGCACAAGCUCUAUUUACCGCGUCUGAUCGUCUCACCGUCGGGCUCAUCAACUCACUGGCCCGCCUGUGGACCGCAGAGCCGUCACAUGGACAUCCUCGAGGUUCGCGAGUCUCGAGACGCCUCUGGCAGCUCGUCAGGAGAACGCAUAAAGGCGGCCCGAGGUCUCACUAGGUAAUUCAGCGACAGCGACGAUGUCCUUCCUACGUUUCCUCGUAUCGGUCUCCCUGGUUCUGGGUUGCGCGCAGUGGAGCGCAGCGCAGGGACCAUACCCUGGUCAGAUCAAGAACUUGGUGACCUUCGGAGACUCAUACUCCGAUGUGGGAAACCCAGGAGACAACGCUACCGCCUGGCCUGUCUAUGCGGCAAUGUACGGCGACUUCACGUUGUAUCCAUACGCGAAGUCCGGUGGAACCUGCUCAAACUAUCUGACCCCUCGUCUCUUCCCGUCUGUCUUUGAGGACGAGCUACCGCUCUAUUUCACCGAACGCGAGAAUGGUUCGCUCGUGCUCGAACCGACCGACACGAUGUAUACCCUCUGGAUUGGGACGAAUGACGUUGGCGUCGGCGAGCUUAUCACGGGACAACAGACCCCUGGGGUUACUCUGGUGGACACCAUCAGCUGUGCGGUAGAUUGGGUGAAGGUAUUGUACACCGCCGGAGCGCGGAACUUCAUCGUGCAGAACAUGCUCCCUCUGCAAUUGACGAUCUUGUACUCAGCCGACUCGUAUCCCAACCGCUACUGGACAGAACAGCGCAACACGACCGAGUGGAAUGUGUUCAUGACUGAGAUGACGAAUACUGGCAACACCUUGUCUGCUGCCAUGCUCUCCGCCCUGGCGCCGACACUCACGGGCGCACACCUCGGUAUCUUUGACUCGUAUGGAUUAAUCUCGGAUGUGUACACUCACCCGCAGAACUACUUGAACGGCACGGCUGCCUACAACGUAACUGGAUGCAUCAACUCGUGCGUGUACCAGCUGGAUGAGAGCACCGCUGGUCCUGUUACGUGCAACGUCACGGAGGGCACGGCACGUGAUAGCUUCAUGUGGUACGACGAGUUGCAUCCUUCGGAACAGACGGAUAGGGUUAUCGCGAGGGAGAUUGCUGCGGCGAUCGUACGAAACUCGAGCACCUGGAUCGACUGGUUGAUCUAG